GGUCGAUGCCUUGACACAGAAAAAAAAAUCUUGCAUGAAAGCCUGUCCAGCUCUUGCGGUGCUGACCAGAGACAAAGAGCUGCUUGCCUAUUGGCUGGUGCCGUGUGCGCUGUGUUGUCCCCCCCAGCAGGAGCGGCUCAGCCCCUAUUCACAUGUAAAUAAGGCCCUUAUAAAUACUAACAACCGUCAGCCGGCGACGGCAGCACGUCGCACUCGGAUCGCACAACAAACACAAGUAAGGCAGCAGAGGGGAGAGGAGAGAAAGCUCGAGCAAGCAACAUGGCUCCUUCUGCUCGGCACAGCAAGAGCCAAAUUGGCGUGCAAGAAGAGGAGGGCUACUAUGGGAUCCAGAAGGCGGACAGAAAGAUUAGGAAGCCUCUAGUGGAGAAGCAGAGGCGAGCUCGCAUCAAUGAGAGUCUGCAGGAGCUGAGGAGCCUGCUGAGUGAUUCGGACUUGCACUCCAAGAUGGAGAAUGCGGAGGUGCUCGAGAUGACGGUUAAAAAGGUGGAGGACGUCCUGAAGACCAGAGCGCAAGAAGCAGACACGAUGAGCCACGAAGCAAGUGAAAGGUUUGCAGCCGGCUACAUCCAGUGCAUGCACGAGGUCCACACGUUUGUGUCCACCUGCCCCGGCAUCGACGCGACCGUGGCCGCGGAGCUGCUCAACCAUCUACUGGAGUGCAUGCCCAUGAACGAAGACCACAUCCAGGACGCGCUGACGGAUCUAAUCACGGACACGUCUGGGAACGCGGGAAGCACGUGGCACGGAGGCGGAGACCUUCUCUGUUCGACGCUGGCCUCCAGCGGGUCGUCCUCCGCCCUCUCGCCGCCCCCUUCCGUCACAUCCAGCGAGGACUCCUGCUCCGAUCUGGAUGAUGUCGACAGCGAGCACAACCAGAGCACCCCAGAAGCUUUGGAAAAAAGGGAAGCUCUGAGCACGCCCACGGUGACCUACUCCAGGUCCAUGUGGAGACCCUGGUAGGAGCUCUCUGGUGCAGAUGGGCUGGAUGAUGCUGGAUCUGUGGGCAUCCUUGAAAGCUAGGAGGAGAAAUUCCACCCCAAAACAAACACUUAAAACUUACAAAUGUAGUUGCCACAUAUGGAUUUAUAACUGGACUGUAUCUGGGCUGUACUACUCACCUUCACAAGACAAAAACCACAGUCAUGCUGUGGAUCCUUAAAAUGGUUCAUGUUUUUCUCUUUUCUCUCUCUUUUGAAUUCUGCUAAAUACCCCGCUGGAGUCCACUAAAAUGAAUAACAUACCAGUAGAAAGUGUCUGCAGCUGUCCUUUGGAUUUUGCGGACUAGUUGUUUUAAAAGAGUGGAUUUUCCUUUAGGCAGCACGGAGAAGUAGCGGUUAGUACAUAUGCUUCCCAGUUUUUGGGUCCACAGUUCAAACCUCAGCUCUGGCCAUGGUGGCAUUUGCAUGUUCCCACUCCCGCCCCAUCAGGCUUGCAUGGGAUUUUUCAGAGUGCUCCAGUCCUCCAGUCCUCCCACGUUCCAAAAAGAAGUCUGCUACGUUAAUUGAGGACUUAACAUUUUCCAUGGAUGUGAAUGUAGUUGUAAAAUUUUGUUUGUCUGUUUGCGCCCCGUGACUGGCUGGCAACCAGUCCAGAGUCAUCUGGGACAGGUUCCAGCUCACCCACGAUGAGCCAAAUGAGAAGGAGUAUCAGUAAGCUUUGCAUGUGGCCUGAUAAAUGACCCUCUUCCGCACAACAUUCACUGAUAGCUCAACCCAAUGACGUAGAAUAAAAACUGAACUGUGGACAGGCUCCUUUCAUGUGGUCAGCUCCUGUUUAGGGCAAAACAUUGCUUUGAGUACUAGUUGACAUCCUUACAAUCAUACAUUGCGAAACAUAAUAACAUCAAAUUUAAUUGGAAUUUGUUAGGUUUCGCUUUUUUGUUGCACUGUUCGGUGCCAAAACCGUGCAGGCGGUCGCAAAGAAGUAACUUUUCACCGGUAAGUGUGUUUCAUUUUAAGCUUUUAUAAUUAAUUAUUAUAUAUUUAUUGCAUUGUUUUCCAUAACAAUGUGUGUAUGUUUACCAUACUUUUGUUGUGACUAGAAGUCAGAGCCUGUUGACCA